AUGUUCCUGGCCGUCGCCUACAUUCUUCUCGCUGCUGAUCAGCACGGGCUUCUUGAUCGGGCCAUAUUGCCGAGAUAUAUCCUCACGGCAUGUAGCCCGACUAUCGCCUUGAAUGUAGUGAUGACGAGGUCAGCUGAUGGCAUCAAUGCAAUGGCGCUAGCGGAGGUGUUGAUUGCGAAUUUACUAGGUGCGUUUGGCACAGCUGGCCCUCCUGUUGCUCUUUUGCCGGAUACAGUUGAAUUCGAGCCCUGGAGGUCCAGCGGGGAUAAUCUAUCGGAUAUGCACAAGGAUAUGUUCAAGCAAUUGGCUCUAAGCGUACUCAUACACUUAGAAUUGGAUCAUCUGUACCCACAAUGGACAUAG